AGCACGUUGAAAGAGACCGAGAGCCUGUCCGGUGCAUCUCCGCACUGGACAGGGGAAGUGACCGGGGCCGUUCGCCAGAGCCCAGAGCAGACAGCGGUGAUUGCAUCUGAGGAGGAGACGGACUCCGCCUCUCCCUUUAUGCUGCACCUUCGGGUAUAAUAAAGCCGAGAGCCAAGAAACCAACUUAACACUUCCUAUCCCUGACCUGGUUACUGCUCCAGAUCCAGGGCCGGAGGUAUGUCUGUCACCACAAAACCAUUCACAUCUUUCCUCAUCCAGGACAUCCUGGCGCAGCAGGAAGUACCGGGAGGUCCCGGUCGGAGAUCGGCCCCUUCAGAAACAGGUGCGUCCAAGCCCUGGCCGGAGGGCAGACGGUCAGCCGACCAGAAGACAAGAUACGGAGGGGAUUCGGAGACUGGGUUCCCUACUGGAGCUGGAGAUCUUGCGAGAGAGACAGACCUGGAGGUCGGAGGCGUUGCCGUUCACAGGAGGGCCGAGGUCUCGCCCGCAGGGGUGAGAAGCCCCAAGAAAAAGCGUACGCGAGCAGCCUUCUCGCACGCCCAGGUGCUGGAGCUGGAGCGGAGAUUUGACGGGCAGAGAUACCUGUCGGCGCCCGAGAGGGCCGACCUGGCCAGCGCUCUGAAGCUCACCGAGACGCAGGUGAAGAUCUGGUUCCAAAACCGCAGGUACAAGACCAAGAGGAAGAUGCUGUCAGCCAGUCAGAGCUACGCCGUGCCCAAGGAGCAGGUGGGCACGAUGGAGAGGACACCAUUCAUGUCCUCCUACCAAAGUUACCGGCACUAUCCCUACCUGUACUGCCUGGGAUCCUUUAGCCCCACCAUGUGGUGAGGUCAGAGACUGGCCUCACCUGCAGCGAAAACGCACUUUAUUUAUUGAGUCUCUCUCUCUGGAGGGAAGGGGGUGCUCUGUCCCACUCCAGACUGACUUGAACCCCACCGUUUCCCAUCACUGUACUGGGACCAGAAUACAACUGUAAAUCAAUAUUAUCCCUGCAAUAUUUGUA